AUGUCAGCCGACUUCUGGGCGGGCUACCUCAGCGGAGCCGUUGGUAUCCUCAUUGGCAAUCCCCUCGACGUGAUCAAGGUUCGGCUGCAAGCCCAGCAUGCAAGUGCAACUUCAACUCCAGCCGUGGCUAUCCCUGCAACAAGUCUCAGUUCCACUGCAUAUGUCCGGUAUUUUGGAAACUCGGCGGCCUUGGUUACUGGAACUGCCGCCCCAAUCCUAGGCUACGGUGCCUUAAAUGCUCUCCUCUUCGUCUCUUACAACCGCACUGAAGCAGCCCUGAACAACAUCUUCGCUGUUCGGGAAAGCCUGUGGUCAACCUGGUUAGCCGGCGCAGUUGGUGGCCUCGCAACUUGGGUAGUAAGCACUCCGACAGAGCUGAUCAAGUGUCGAGCCCAAUUGUCGAGCCAGCACAUAUCCAGCUGGGCCAUUACUAAACAGAUCUGGCGAAGCGAAGGCGUACGCGGACUUUACCUCGGUGGCACUGUAACGGCAAUCCGCGACAGUGUAGGGUACGGUUUCUACUUUUGGUCAUACGAACUGAGCAGCCGGUGGCUCGCUACAGGGCCUGGCAAAGAAGCCUCCCUCCAACACGAAGCCGCCAAGGUCCUCCUUUGUGGUGGACUAGCUGGCGUCGUGACUUGGGCCAGUAUCUUCCCCCUGGAUGUUAUCAAGACCCGUGUCCAGGCUCAACCAGGGGGUAGACAACCAGACACCUCUCCCCUUCUUGGAUCAGAUACAAGUCAGCGACAAAAACAGUCCAGCACACUCCGCAUCGCACAGGACACGUAUAGAGAAGGCGGUGCCCGUGUCUUCUUCCGUGGUUUGACCGUCUGUAGUGUAAGAGCCUUCAUCGUCAACGCUGUUCAGUGGGCAGUAUACGAGUGGGUGAUGCACGAACUAGGGCAAGGCCGGAAACAAAAGGCGCAGGUCGACUUAGUUGGGGCCGAAAUGACACAGGCAUAG